GAUCUUGGAGUAUCUGCGUCGGGGGAGAGGCAAGCAGGAAGGGGGCACCGACAGAGAAGAAAGCCGGAAAAAGAAGCGGGAAAAGAACAAGAAGAAAGGAGGCAGCGACGACGAACUGGAAGACGCCCAGAAACUCCUGGUGAAAAUACUUCACAUCUCGGAGAGCCCAGCGCCGCUGGUGGUGAAAGCCAGCCCCAGCGCGAAAGACGUCCGUCCUUACAUCGUGUGUUGCGUGGUGAAAGGCAUGGAUUUCAGCACUGGCAAUGCUCUGAAGAGGUUCCUCUCCAUUCAGACGAAGCUCCAUGAGGACAUUUGUGAGAAACGGACAGCGGCCACCAUUGCAACUCAUGACCUGCAGCUGGUGAAAGGACCCCUGGUCUACGAGGCUCGGGCCCCAGAGGAGUUGAAGAUCGUCCCCCUGGGCCGGAAGGAGAUCAAGGCCAACGACCUCCUCCGCCAGUUGCAGGCCGAAGCUGAGGAGCAGCGGAAACAGAAGAAGAGGCAGAACAUCUCUGGACUGUACAAGUACCUUCAGUUGCUGGAUGGGAAGGAGAAUUACCCCUGCCUGGUUGAUGCCGAAGGCGCCGUGAUUUCUUUCCCUCCUAUUACAAACAGCGAGAAAACGAAGCUUGGGAAAACGACCACCGAUUUGCUCCUGGAAGUGACCAGCACCAGCAGUCUCCAGCUGUGCAAAGAUGUAAUGGACACUCUCGUUAUGAAAAUGGCCGAGAUGAACAGGCUGACGGCAGUCAACAAAGAUGGGGAAGCGGGUUCGGAUCACGAAAUCCCCCGGCCCGAAGGCAGCGUCCCAACCCCCCCUCUGGUCUUGGAACAGGUGCGGGUGGUGGACGCCGAAGGGAACCUCAGAGUCGUCUACCCGUCCAAGGCGGAUCUCCAAACCUCCCUCCUCACCGUCCUUCAUUAAGCGCCGCUUCCCCCGGGACUCCCUUCGGGGGACGCUGGAUAAAAGUUUUCGGGGAGUCCCGGCGCUCGGCUCGUUCGCCAGCCCCAGCAGCCAGGAAGCCUGGAGCUAUUUUAAGCCGCGUGAAUUUGGGAUCUCGAGAGAGAGACUCGGACGCUCGGCUUGCUUUAAUCCCCCUUCUCGGGUGAGAGGGGUGGUGGUGUCAGUUUUGAUCCCUUGCCAACGAGCGUCCAAAGUUACGUCCCCCCAACCGAUCCCUCCCGGUGGGAAGAGGUUUGCUGUGCUGUGUGACCGAGUUCCUUCCACGGGAAAGAGGCGGGUUGGGGGGGUCUCAAGGCAUGUCCUAUGGGGAAGGAGCCCCAGUAGAAAAUCACUGCAGGGUAGCCUUUCCCUACCAGGCUCUUCCCCUUCCCUGCAAUGCGGAUUCUCCAAGAGAAGAGGGGUCCCCCUGACUUCCCCGGCUUGGCCCUGGGACAUUUGGGGUGGGGGUGUCCCAAAUGGCCACCAACCUUUGCCCCCUCAGCAACUGUGGGGGGUGCUGGGUGGCGUUUGAGCUUGGCGCCUUCUUCUUGCAGAGAUUUCAUGACCCAACUAGAUAACGUCAUCAGCACCAAGAGGGAGAGGUGGUUUGUGGAGGGGGGGGGAAGAGGAGGAGGAGGAGGAAGGCUGUGGGGUCCUUGGUGCCCUCUUAGCUUGGUGGUUUUCUUGCAGACGUUUCCUGACCCAGCUAGGGAACGACAUCGAUGCUGGAAGGGAGGGAGGUUCCGCUUUCUAGCAAUGACGUUACCUAGUAGGGUCGUGAAACGCCUGCAAGAAAACUACCAAACUCAAGAGAGCAGGAAGGACGGACGGAGACGCCCGACAGGCAGGGCUCCAUCCCCCCGUUUCUCUUCCGCCAAAGCUGGCCGAGGGUCACGCCCGCGUUCCGGGUUGUUAGGGGAGCAAUCCUGCUAUUCAGGGCAGCGCAAAACGGGUUUCCAAAUCCGAAUUCCCCUCUAAAAACGCGUUUCCGGCUGGCGAAUCUUACUGGAAAUUAAGGCUGCCUGGAUCUCCAGCUUUGGGGCAUCGAUAGUUCCUCAGAGAAGGAAUAAAAACGUUGAAAAAUCUCA